AAAGAUAUGUAUUUUGAAAUGCUAUUUUCUUCAAUACGUCCCUAUUUUAAUUCAACGAUCGAAAACCUUUGGAAAUAUCAGCCAUAGAUAAACUUAAGUGUCGUACUAUUGACGUUUCUAUAGAACACUAUUUGUCAACGACACGCUCUUGCCAUUAUUGAAGAAUUUGAAUUCGAAGGUGACCGUUACAUAAAAUUUACACAUUUUUUUAUCUACCAUUCUUACAAUUUUUUAAGUGUUAUACAAUAAGUGUAUAAUUAAAUAUAAUGUCCCAAUUUAAAUUUUGGAACGAUGUUAAUAGUUUAUUAAAUAUGGACGGUCCAGUUACUGGUCCAUUACCUCGUUGGCAGAGAAAAAAAGAAUCCGGUUCGUCGAAUACUAGUUCUAAUAAUUCAUCUAAACUAAGAUCCCUAUCAUCUUCAGUUUUAAAUUCGACUAAAACACCCGUUAAAGGUGCCGAUAACGAUUACCAACGUAGUAAAACACCUUCGAAGACUCCUAAAAAAAACAAAACACCUACUCCUAAUAAAGGUUCAAGGACACCUGGAGGAGACCGUUUUAUUCCUUCUAGAAGUGCUAGUAACUUAGAUUUAGCUCAUUUAAAACUAACCCAAGAUGAAAGUAAUACAUCUGAUAGUCCUACACAUAAAGGUCUUCAGAGAGCGAUGUCUGAAAAUCUUUAUGGAACUGAUAUAGCAAAUCAGAGGAUCCUAGCUUAUAAAAAUAAACCUCCAUCUGCCCCCGAAGGUUUUCAAAAUCCCUUAAAAGUUAUAUAUACACAAGCCAAGACGCCAGCUUCAAUUAAAACUAGCAGUAGCAGAUACAUUCCACAUGCACCUGAUAGAAUACUGGAUGCCCCUGAUAUAGUAGACGAUUUUUACUUGAAUUUGAUUGACUGGGGCUCAAAUAAUGUUUUGGCAGCUGCUUUGGGCUCUCACGUUUAUUUGUGGAAUGCAGGCACAGGAAAUAUUGAACAACUGCUCGAAUUGGAAGGCAAUGAUUAUGUUUGUUCUUUAUCUUGGAUACAAGACGGAUAUUGCUUGGCAAUAGGAACAACUAGUGGAACUGUUGAAUUAUGGGAUUGUGCGAGAUCUAAAAAACUUAGAAUAAUGGAAGGACAUUCGGCUAGAAUAGGUUCGUUAGCUUGGAAUUCUUAUAUUUUAUCCAGCGGUUCUCGCAGCGGUCAGAUAAUACAUCACGAUGUAAGACAAAGGGAUCACCAAGUUGCUACAUUAAAUGGACACACUCAGGAAGUAUGUGGAUUAAAAUGGUCUCCGGAUGGAAAAUAUCUUGCUAGCGGUGGCAAUGACAAUGUCCUUAAUAUUUGGCAAACGGUUAGUGGAGGAUUUUAUAGUAACUCAACGCCAUUACAUACGUUUACUGCUCAUCAGGCAGCGGUUAAAGCUCUAUCUUGGUGUCCUUGGCAACCUCAUAUUUUAGCUAGCGGAGGCGGUACCGCUGAUAGACAUAUACGAUUUUGGAAUUGCAAUACAGGGAGUUGUGUAAACUCCGUCGACGCAAAAUCACAAGUAUGCGCAUUGUUGUGGUCUACGACUUACAAAGAAAUCAUAUCGGGUCAUGGUUUUGCUAAUAACGAAAUUAUAAUAUGGAAAUAUCCUUCAAUGACGAAAGUGACUGAAUUAACAGGGCAUACGGCGAGGGUGUUGCAUCUCGCGAUGUCUCCGGACGGUACUACUGUUCUUUCCGCCGGCGCUGAUGAAACAUUGAGGUUAUGGAAAUGUUUCGUAGCACCGAUAGAAAAAACUAAAGACGCCAAAAAAGUCAAAUCGAAACCCAGUGCACUCAAACAAUCUAUUCGAUAAUUGUUUUUAGUUCAUUUUUAUACCAAUUUAUGACUAUAUUUAUAAUUAUUGUAUGUUUUUCAAUAAAUCAUAUCUGACGCAA